AUGAACAGCCACGCGGGGAGGAAAGGCAAACGAGUCAAGGAACGAACAACUCACACGACUUCCCAUGCAGGCCCAACCUCCCCCUCCCAGUCCAUUCACUCCCCCCCUACGACAUCAUCCAACCUUCCUAAAAUCAAGCUGAAUGUGCGCACCUACUCGCGUGCAUCGUCCGCUGCCUCGUCGUCCCGUGCCCGCAGCUCCGCCAGCCAGCAGCGCCGGCCUGCGGCGUACGAUGACGACUCGGACUCGUCUUCGUCCUCCGACCUGACGCCGCCUGAUGAUGACGAUGAGAACGAUGACAACGACGUCGACGAUGACGACUUUGCCGUCGCUCGAACAAAAACGAGAAAGCGCGAAAGCCUCGGAGCCAUUCACACCUCGGUCAAGGACAAAGGAAAGGGCAAGGCACUGCAGACUUCCCCCGAGAAGCGGUUAGACCACCGAGCCUCUUCCUCCAACCCGAGACCAACGACCACCGGCCCGAGAGGACGCGACCGCAAGCGUGAGAUCAAGCUUGGCGAGGUUGCGCGAAGGCGCGCCCGUGACGACAAGUUUGGUUUCGGCGGCGACCGCUUUGACGAUGCGACCCCGACGCAAUCGGCCUUCGCCAAGUCCUCCUACGUGGACUCGGACUCAACCUCGUCAUAUGGAGACGACGAGUCUGAGCGCGAGGGGACCGGAUCCCUCAAUGUCUACGACGAGGACGAGACUGAGGACGAGUUCAUGGAGGGAUUACCAGAGGCUUUUGCCGGCCAGGAGAUUGAGGACCUGCAAUAUGGCGCGGGACCAAUCGAUUCUGGUGACGAGGACGCCGAUCCACAAGAGCUGUGGUGGCAGGAGUCGGAGGAAGACGACGAAGACUUUAUCGCCAACCUCACCGGCUCCGACAUUGACCAGCUCCAGUCUCAGUCCUCGGUUCACGCCUCAGAGUCUGACGUCCCAAUGUCUGACUCGGAGUCGACGACCGACACUGACGAUGCCAUGGACGAGUUCGGCUUUCCCCUCACCUUUGGCAUGGACGACCCCCAGCCCGCCGAGGACCAGCCCCUUAUUCUUAUGGAGAACUGGGACGGACAGUUCGUUCUCGUCCAGCCCAAGAACGAGCGCUCCAGGUCAAGACGUCACGGAGGAUCCCGCGGCGCUGGUUCCACCACAGACAGCGUCGCUGCCUCCCUCUCUGCCGGCGAGCAGCAGCUCGAGCUCGUCAUUGACGCCGAUGCCGAGAACGAGACGGACACAGACUCGGACUGGUGCGACUUUGACGGCGAGGACGACGGAGGCGACACGACCGACUCGAUGGCCGAGGAGGACAUGCCCAUGCUCGACGGCUCUGGGUUCGACGAGCUCAUCGCGACCCAGCAGUUCGCCGCUAACAACAACUAUGGGGCGAUACCUCCGAUCCCCCUUCCUCCCCUCGCGCCUGUCGAUGAGAACGGUGCCCCAAUGAUCAUUGUCACGGACACUGCGUUCGACGCUGCCGCCCCUGCGCUGCCGCUCACCCCUGUCACCGCCGCGCCUGCCCCUGUCACGCCUGCGCCCGUCGUCGACGUUUCCGCUCCGGCUUCACCCACUGCCGUUGCUACGCCUUCCUCGGCUGCCAAUGGCAGUGCCGUCGCAGCCCCUGUCAUGGGCACGUUCCACGUCAGCCAGGCUCCCUGCGCGCACGCCGUCAUUGACGGCUCGAAGACAACGACCAAGUCGCCCUUCGCGCGAAGGCGGAGGAAGGUUGGUGGCGAGACUUCGUCGCAGACGUCGAACAAGCGCCGCUCGUCGCUGAACACGACGACGACCGACCCCUUCUCGCCCGUGCUCAAGAAGACGCGCUACUCGUCGAUCCCUGGCCACCCUCGGUACAUUGCCGCGCGCCGUGCCGCUCAGGCUCUCGUCGACCCGCUCGACCGCGAGUCGACGCCGUCGGACGACGAGCCCGCAUUCUCGCUCGAGGACAUUAUGGACGCCUCGAUGCUGCGGGUCAACGACAUUGACUCUGGCGACGAGUCGACGGACAAGCAGGAGGACUCGCGCCACAUGUUCCGCUUUGACAAGGUGCCAGUGUCAAUGUACAUGCGGCGCAACUUCAACUCGUCGGGCAGCAAGCGAAGGCACGUCGAGCCUGACUCGAUGCCGCUGUACGCUCCUGCGCGGGGCGCUAGUCGGACGACACUUGCCGAGACGCUCGCAGGCCCAGCUAACCGCAUGCUGAUCUCGCCGAUGCUCGCGCCGCAGCAGGCUGCAGUCUAUGACGAGGCGUCGAGCCGCAAGGACCGCCGCCGCGCGCGCAAGGCGGGUGCGGAUAUUCGCCCGCUCGCCAUCUAA